AAAGGUCGGCUCGGGGCGUGGUCUGGGAGUUUGUCAGUAAGGCGUGUGGGACUGUCCCGAGGAGAGGGGGUUAGGGUUGUUAUCACGGGCAAACUCAGCAUUGCUGGAGAACAACGCAAAGCAAUUAAAGAUAGUCUUUCUUUCAGUCUGAAACGAUGAAGCUGUUGGUAAAGACAGCCCAGACUUUGCUGUCAGUACAGAAGGCCUCUCUACCCAGCGGCUGCAGGCAUUUCUGGGGCUGGCUGAAUGCAGUGUUCAACAAGGUGGAUUACGAGCGUAUCAAAGCGGUGGGUCCCGACCGGGCUGCCUCGGAGUGGCUCCUGCGCUGCGGGGCGAAGGUCCGGUUCCAGGGCUUCGACAGGUGGCAGCACGAUUACAACGGCCUCCCCACCGGCCCGAUCAGCAGGUACAAGAUCCAGGCCAUCGACGCCACCGAGUCCUGCAUCAUGUACAGGGGCUUCGACCACCUGGAUGGCCUGGAGCACGUUGAAGAGAUGAAGUUGUGCAAGUGUAUCUACAUCGAGGACGCGUGCCUGGAGAGACUGAGCAAGGUGGAGAAGCUGCAGGAGAGCCUGCUGAGGAUGGAGCUGGUGUCCUGCGGCAAUGUGACUGACCGGGGGCUGCUCGCCCUGCACCACCUCAGGAACCUGGAGAGGCUGCUUCUCAGUGACCUGCCAGGAGUACGGGAGAAAGACAAGACGGUUCAAAUGCUGCGCACCGCACUGCCAAACCUGGACGUUGAGCUGGACCUGGACUAGCACAGGACAGCAGCAUGGGAUGGACUGAGCGAGGCUUGACUGGACAGCAUGGCAGUGGGACAGAACAUUCAAGUCUCAAGAGGGAUCAGUAGCAAGUAGGCCACUGGUGCCACACAGUGGCAUGUGGCAAGCUAGUGCCCUGCAUCUUACUUAUCUACCUCUUUGAGGAAUGUGAAUAAAGGUGUACUUUGUGGUGCAGGAGAUGUGAGUGAUUGAUAAAGAAUACAGUGAGCAGAGCCCAGGGAAUUUUUUUUGUUUUUCAUAGAACUUGAACACUGCAGCUUUUAAUACCAUGCUUCUGGCACUUUUUUCGUUUUUUCUUGGAGAUUAAGUAGCGAGCAUUGGGGCUGGGUGGAUGAGACUAGCUCGGGUGUUUCAUUGGGGCUGGGUGGAUGAGACUAGCUCGUUGUGUUUCAUUGGGGCUGGGUGGAUGAGACUAGCUCGUUGUGUUUCAUUGAGGCUGGGU